GGAAGAUUUGAAAAGCUCUGGAGGAAUCUGAACCAACCACAACAAUCCCUACGCCGAUUCCAGGAGCUUCCCAAACAUUUUUGGCCGCGUCUAAAAACAUUCCCACGGCUUUUCCCCCCCUCGGCGUAUCCGGGGUGGGCUCUGGGGAGGAUUUUGGGGGUCUCAGGGGGUCUCAAUCACCCUUCCCACCCCUCAGAUGCCCUGAGGGAGACCCGGAAAUACAGCGUGGGCGAGCGGGAGGCGCUGAGCAGCAGCCCGGCCGCCCUGGAGCAUUUCCACAUGAAACUCUUCCGCGCCCAGAGGAACCUUUACCUGGCUGGCUUCGCCCUGCUGCUCUCCUUCCUCCUGAGGCGCCUGGUGACGCUGAUUUCGGCGCAGGCCGCGCUCGGCGCCUCCAGCCAGGCUUUCCGCAAGCAGGCCGAGGGCGCCAGCCAGGCCGCACGGCAGUACCUGGAGGAUAACGACGCCCUCAGGAAGCAGCUGAAGGAGUCUGGGGGGGCCCCGUCCCCCAGCCGGGACGAGAACGAGACCCUCAAGGCCAAGGUGGAGUCGCUGAAGGAGGAGCUGGAGCUCAGCAAGAAAG